CUUUGUAGAUUCGCUACCCUCCCACCUUCCUUGUCAAUGUUAGGGCGUGAUGGAUAUAUGACUCCUUCCAGCUUGAUAUCUGCAACUAUAAAAGCUUUGGAAUUUCAACUAACAAAGACUUUUGGUCUUAUCUCAUUUCAACAGUUGACUCUCUCAUCACUCUGAACUUUCCAUCCCCACUCAUCCCAUCUCAUUGUUCAUCCCGUCUCAUCAGCUUCACCGACCUCCAAGAUGUCUCAACCAACUGAGCACAAAUCAUGGACAAAGACUGUCAUCACCACAAGCAGCAAGAGCCUCACAUUCACAGUCUCCACCGAUCCCACCCUCAUCUCCCUCGACGCCCUCUCCUCAGCCUUCAACUCAGACUUCAUCUACUGGUCCAAACCCCUCACCCACGCCCAUCUCCAGACUCUAGUCCAAAACUCACUUUGCCUCGGUCUCUAUGAUGAAGAAAAAGAACUAAUAGGCUUCGGCCGCCUGAUAACCGACCGACUCACCUUCGCCUACCUCACAGACGUCUACGUCCUCCCCUCCCACCAAGGCAAAGGACUGGCCAGAUUCAUGAUGUCCUGUCUGGACGAGAUAGUCUCCGAAUGGGACGAGCACCUGAGACGCUUACUCCUCUUUACCCGAGACGAGGAAGCUGCCAAGCUCUACAAACACACCCUCGGGGCACAAGACGUGAGGGAGACCGGCACAGGAAAGCUAAUCUGCAUGGAGAGAGUCGGUGGCGGAAACACCUUCCAGGCACCAGAUCACUGAGAUGAUAGUACACCAAAAACAAUCAGUAAUCUCGCGUGAGCUUGAUGAGUAAACAAAAUGUUACCUGUCUCGAAUUUGCAAACUUACUUGUCAAAUAACGAACAACAUUGCCAGCGUGGCCGCCCAUCUUGAAUUGAGAUUAAUAGCAACCAACAUGACCUCGCCCAAUAUCUUCAGCACGAACACCAGGCUUCCUCAAGCUGCCCCUUGGCCGCUCGGCAGCAUAUCAACGCAAAGCUAGCCCGGUAAAUAAACUCCGUUCCAUGUCACCAGAGAUCGCCACCCCAAAAUCAGCAUUUCUCAUCGUACUCCUCGUCCAUCUCCAGCUCCGAGUCCGAGUCGUUCUCCAGCUUGUCCAGCUUCUCAUUCAGAGCAGCCUUUUCCAACAGACACCUGGGUGUGCCCUUCGGGACAGCCUUUCUCUUCUUUCU